AUGAUGUAUAGAGUGGUUUAUGGAAUAGAAGACAUCAUCUAAGAGAAAUCAAUUACUAUUGACAAUGUUUGGAUGCAGCAAUCAUAUCAUACUUUAAUUUAUGAUGCAGAGAGAGAUGUAUUUGAAUCAUAUAAAUCGUUUCCAUUGAGUGGGUUUGAUACAUAUCAAUAAUAUUAUGAUUGGUUCAAUUUCAAUGAUAUGUGUUCUAAUAUUACGUUGAUGUCUCCACUUGAUACCACUAUCACUGAAUCAGGGUGUCGUUAAGUUCAAAAUGGUAUCUUAGAAAAAGGAUUGAGAACUUCAGUAAUCAAUCUAGCACUUUACUCCAAUGAUUCAUUAAAGAUAACUGGUAACAAUACUAAAUCAACAAUAAUUAAUGGAAAUACAUUUUAAAUAAUAAAUGAUAUUGUCAAGUACAUUCGACCUGCCUUUAAUACUCUGAAUGAAGUUUACAUUACAGAUUCACAGGAUUACAUUAACUAUUCCUAGAGCAUUGAAAUUGUUAAAUUUGUAGUGUUGAUAAUUGCAUGGAUCAUCUUGUUCUUCAUCAUUUGGAUGCCAUAUUUGACAAAACUGAGUAUUUAGAUCUGGCAGACAAAAGGUAUGUUGAAUAUGAUACCUAUGUCAAUUAUUUAAAAGAAUGAAAAACUAAAGUUCAGAUUCUUACAAGAUAAUAUAAUGACUAUGGUAUAAUGA